AUGACGUCUGUGCCGCCUGCGCUCUCUGCCAAUGCCACAUUUGUUCGCCCUUCGUCUUUUUAUAUCAAUGGCUUCUACAACAUUCCACACACCAAGUACUACUAUGUAUUUCUCUGCACUGUCUACGCUUUGACUGUUUUAGGAAACUCUUUUAUAAUGUGCACCAUCUAUUUCGCCCGUAGCCUGCAUACAGCCAAGUACAUCGCUGUGUUUAACCUGGCUCUGUCUGACCUGGGGGGCAGCUCCGCUCUUGUUCCGAAGCUUAUUGAUACAUUUCUGUUUGAGAAUCAGGUUAUAUCAUAUGAAGCCUGUCUGGCCAACAUGUUUUUUGUCUUAUUCUUCAUGACCCUGCAGUCUCUUACUCUGCUUGUGAUGGCCUAUGACAGGGUCAUUGCGAUCUGUUUUCCGUUGCGAUAUAAUAACAUUGUUACCAAAGCGGCCAUGAUGUUAAUCAUUGCUUUAACCUGGAUGUUUUCUAUAACCAUCAUUUUACUCCUGGUGGUCAUGAUUACAAGACUGUCCUUCUGCAGGUCCACAACCAUCGACAGCUAUUUCUGUGAUCAUGGUCCCACCUAUACAUUAGCUUGUAAUGAUAAAUUUGUCAAUUAUGUCAUGGCGGUGAUGUGUUUUGUUGUGCUGGCUUGUGUUCCAAUGAUAUUUAUAAUCCUCUCGUAUAUUUGUAUUGGCAUCGCCUUGCUGAAUAUCUCACAUGGUUUUGAGCGGAAAAAAGCCAUGAAAACCUGUACGUCCCACCUCAUCAUUGUGGCUUUAUUUUAUCUGCCAUUUUUUGGCACCAAUAUAGCAUCUCUUACAUCAUCUAUAAAAGCCAACGAUAGGAUUAUUAACUCCACUCUAACACAGACUGUUCCACCCAUGUUAAACCCCAUCAUCUAUACUCUAAAGACAGAGGAGGUCAUGCAUGCAGUUAAAGUGCUCUACAAACGAGCCAAAGUGGGAGCGGCACGAGGCUUCGCCUGCGUUCACGGAAUUCCCCCAUGGGGUCGAGUUUGGAGGAAAGGAAGUGAUAGAGAUUGA